GAAGGGACUGUCCAGAGGUUCCACAAAUCAGUGUCUUUCCGGAAAAAGUGGAGAGUGUCUUCCAGCAGUUUUUGAGAGAAAUGUGCAGGAAGCCAUCAACAAUUAUACUUGUGAACCUCUUUCAUCACUUUCAUCUGGUGGUCGUACAACACCCACGGAGCUGAAUAAUUCUUGGUCUGGAAUAAACAGCUAUACUACUGGUUUGUCUACUGAGAGAAGUUCAGUUUACUCCUGGAGGGAUGAUGAAUUUGAUAAAGCCAACACACAGAGAGUGCAUCAGUUAUUUUGGGAGAUUGAUGAAAUGCUGUUUGAAGGAAAAGUGACCUCCCAAACUCAGAGCCUGCAGGCAGAAUGUGCAGACUGGGUUGAACAAUUUCCUCAUCUAAGGCUUCUAGGAAAGCAGCUCCUAUUGCCAAAGGAUGAAGGCUUUCAGCAUUUUCAGAGCAGAAGUGAUGCCUGUGUGGAUACGAAGUGUUUACCUGCCUUCCAUGAAUGUACUAGUAAGAUAAAAGAGCUCUGCAUUGCAGGCUCUAAACUGAUCCCAACAGCAUCUCCAAUACAUAAAUCACUAGAUUCAAGUACCACUAGGAUUUCUGCCUCUGACUCAUCUCUGUAUUCGUUCCUGGAAGAAGAAAUCUAUGAUGCGGAUGGAAAAAUAGAAGAAUAUCUUGCCUUUGACAAGGAGCUUGGUGAUGAGAGUUGGGAACAGAAGAAAAUGCAUCUUGCUGAGAAGAGGAGUAAGCGUGGCAUUCCCCCUGUUUCUCCCAAUGCCUGUAUCAAAGAUGCCGUGGCUUCUGAAGUAUUUGAUUGUAUCUGGAGCAAUGUAAUUGGAAUAUUGGAGGAACUGAUUAAAAAAAAUUGGGAAACUAGUAUCACAGAGGGUGACAAACAGGUGGAAAAACUGAAAGCUGUUACAACAAAACUGCCACAUUUGCCAGUCAUUCGUAUUGCAGCAGAUGCCGGGAGCAUUCCUCUUUCCAGAGGCUCUGAAGCGCGAAGUGUAUUUUUUGCUUCCUCCCAGGUUCACCGUUUCUCCAGCAACUUCUGCAGUGAUUUGAAUGGUGUGAUGACAAUUCAGGCAAAACCACUCCAGCAGAGGCAUGUUGCCACAGUGGAAAAAACACAGAGCGAGCAGGAAGACAAACAGCGCAGCAUUGGCUCCAGUACUCCAAAUUCAGUGCACACUAGGUUGGAGAGAAUUGCUGAUAACAGUGUUCUCUCGUCAUCUCGAGUACUGCUGGCAUCUUCUAGGAAGCAACCAAGCCACUGUAGAUUGCCUUAUCUCACUUCUGACCAGCUUUCCUCAAAACCUCCUAACAUCUACAAUGAUCAAAUCCUUAGGGGAACCAAAUUCAUCGAGGACGAUAUGCUCACAGCAGAGUAUCGAGUGCAGUGCCUGGUGGUACACAGCAACGGCCACUCAGAGAAAGAACUUUUAUUACUGCUCAGUUUUCAAGGCCCAACACAACUCAUACAUUCAGGGCUCACAGCACUACUACAGAUCUUUUCAGAGAAACCCUUCAACCUCAAGGAAGAGGUUUCAGAUUACUUCUUAACCCAGUUUAGGAAGAAACAGGACCCCCCUGCACGGAAUGGAAGACUGAAGCACUAA